UAGAUUCCAUUAUUUUAUGGUCGUUGAAACGUUUGUAAAAGAAUAUUUACUCACGCAGUAUUUCAUAUCAGCCGCAGUGAAGAAAAACAUGUCAACAAUCGUCUAUCUAGCGGCCAUCAAGAAACAAACACCUGUCCGGUGCGUGCGGCAUAAGAACUGCAUCUAAUUUUAGAACCUCGCCAAACAAUGCUCGGCACUAUCGCGACCGACUGACCGCACCGCGGUUUCUGGCAAUAGUGUGUCGAUCGCGCGAUCUCCGUAAUGCCCAGCCACAGCGAUGGUGAAGCACAUGCGAACGGUUGUCUUACGAUUCGUCGGAAUUUGCGUGUUCGCCUUGAUUGCGGUGGUACUGCUAAUUGGUGGCCUUCCAACGGCAUUGGAUUCGAGCUGUAAGUGCGAAGAAGGUCGAGAACGUGAUUUGCAGCAUGAGCAGUUCCACCGGAGCUUCCGGCGACUCGAGCAGCCCACCCCGGACCGGAAGAAGCUGGCAAUAGUGGUUCCGUUUCGUGACCGAUUCGAUGAGCUACUACAAUUUGCACCCCACAUGGCCACGUUUUUGCGCAAACAAAACAUCCCGUUUCACAUCUUCGUCGUGAACCAGCACGAUCGGUAUCGAUUCAAUCGCGCGUCGCUGAUAAACAUCGGGUUCCUGCAGGUCCAGGAGGGUUACGAUUAUUUCGCCAUGCACGACGUCGAUCUGCUGCCGCUCAACGAUAACCUGCGGUACGAGUUUCCCGCCGAAGGUCCGCUCCACAUCUCCGGACCCGAGUAUCAUCCCAAGUACCACUAUGCCGCGUUCAUAGGUGGCAUACUGCUGCUGCGGAUGGACCACUUUGCCCAACUGAACGGCAUGUCCAACCGGUACUGGGGCUGGGGACUGGAAGACGACGAGUUUUACGUGCGCAUCAAAGAAGCCGGCCUAGAGGUGCGGCGUCCGAAGAACAUAACGACCGGCACGAACAACACGUUCCUGCACGUGCACGACCGGGUGCACCGCCGGCGGGACACAACCAAGUGCUUUAAUCAGCGGGAAGUGACCCGAAAGCGUGAUCGAGAAACGGGACUCAAUACGCUGCAAUACUCGGUGCACAGUCGCCGCGAGCUGACCAUCGACGAUGUGCCGGUGACGGUUUUAAACGUGCACCUUGUCUGCGACAAACAAAAGACUCCGUGGUGCGAGUGCGACACCACGGCGAACAAUCUGACGGAGAAGAUUCCGAAGAAGAAGCCCCGAUAGUAACCCCGUGGCCAUAUUACGAUUUUAUU